AUGAUCCCCCGCAAGCUGCCCCGCCUCCGCCGCCCACCGACUGCCCGCGAUCUACCCGUCCGACCGCCUCGUAACAUAUCCCGCACUCUCCUUCAUCCCCGCAGAGCUCACACCGCUCCUUCCAUAUCCGACCCUCCCGCCGGCGCCUCCACACCAACGGGCACCUCCCCAUUCACCAUCUCUCUAGCCCAUCCGAGAGAUCCGGCUAACCAGCCUGGACAUUCCUCAGGCACAGAGUUUAGCGUUCCUCCAAAUCCUCCGCCACCAUCUCCACCUCCGAGCACGCCUGUGUCCCCUAGCGAUGGCACUCCCGAGGGCGAGGGUACGAACGUCGACCUGCUUACGUCGACCUCUGCCGCACCACCUCCACCGUCAGAUUCCAACCUCCCUAUACCGCACCAUCCGCCUAGCGUGAAUUCACCGUUGCCGUACAGUAACCCGCCCUUCAAUACACACCAUUUCUUCAGCGUCCUCGAGAAGACGUUCCCUACCGCCACCGCUCGGAAUCUCAUGCGCGCGGUCCGUGCGCUCCUCGUCGAUCGUCUAGGGCGGGUGAAGCGCGACGCACUGACGGUAAAGGAUCUUGAGAGUCAAGCGUAUCUCUUCAAAGCUGCGCUAUCCGAGCUUCGGACAGAGAUGACUAUGCUCACACGGAACGAAGCCGCCGCAGUGCAAACCGCCACCGCUGCGGUGAGGCGUGAAGUGGAUGCGCUCGACGUGCGGAUGCAGGAGGAUCUCGGUGCGCUCAAGCAUGACAUCCAAAUGGAGCUGGAUAGUAGGAAGAGCGAAGCGAAGAAUGACCUCAAGCAAUUCGACAUCCAGAUGGAGGAAGUGUUGAACAAGUACUUGGUCACUCUAUACGACCUCCGCACCGAGAUGGAGAAGGCACGUUGGGACAACUUACGGAAUUCCGUCGUGGCACUAAGUGGUUUCCUGCUGCUUAUCGUUAUUUCUAUGGAACUGCUGAAGUCACCGAAGAAGCCACCGAAGAAGACCGAGCCGCCGCCGCCAGUCAUGGAGGUUCGCCUACCGGAAGGGACGGAGCACCAAUCCACAAUGUGGACUGCAUAG